UUACUAUGAUGAUUAAGCCCUACGUGAGACAAGGUGAAGGUGAGGAGGUCGUCAGCCCCCUGCAGUGGAUGGAUGGAGACAUGAGCUCGCCUGAUGGGGAGGCAUCGGGGUCAUCACACUGCUACAGAGCAGGCACAGUGAGCCAGCAGGCCAGAGAGAUGGGCAGUGAGGAUGCAGAGGAGGACGAGGACGACGCCGAGGAGGAUCAGGAGGAUGAAAAUGAAUCCAAGCGACGGGGUCCCAAAAAAAAGCGGAUGACCAAGGCCCGGCAGGAGCGCUUCCGUGCAAGGCGAAUAAAGGCCAAUGCAAGGGAGCGCUCACGAAUGCACGGUCUAAACGAUGCCCUGGAGAACCUGCGCAGCAUCAUGCCAUGUCACUCCAAAACACAGAAAUUGUCCAAGAUUGAGACACUACGACUGGCCCGCAACUACAUCUGCGCUCUGUCCGAGGCUCUGGAGGGGGGCCUGUCCACAGAGAGCAGGGCUUUCAUGGAGACGCUGUGCAAAGGUCUCUCACAGCCCACGACCAACCUCGUCAGCGGCUGCCUUCAGCUGGGACCGGCUCCUUGUGCGGGGAUGAGGCCCGAAGACCGACACGGAGCCCGGCUGCCUCCGACCCCGCUGGGCGGGAUGGUGAGCUACCCCUCCCCGGGCCUGCCCAGCCCGCCGUACGGCACGUUUGACUCGGCUCACCUGCUUCACCUGAGAGCGAUGAAAGGAGGGCCGUACGAGAAUCACUCGCCAAAUGAGUACAACGCUGGCGGCGUUGGGACCCCCCCGUACGACAGCCCCCCGACACCCCCCCUGAGCAUCAGCAGCAACCUGGUGCCUAAACAGGAGCCUUCGCCCCACUACCCACCUCCACACCACUACUCCUCCUCUCCCUCAAACCCGGUCCUGUAUCAGACUCCCACCAGCUACGAUGUUCACUUAGAGGGAUCGUAUGACUCCUAUCACCCCCCACACAUGACCCGGCAGAUAACCUCCGUCUACAGAGACUAAGAAGGAUC